UCUGCCAUCCAGAAGAUCCAAAUGGGGCGCCCCACAAACAAAUCAAUCAAACUCUUACCGCAAGCACAAAGAUUCAGAAGCUCGGACCUGGGAAGACUUCUUGGGAAGAUGCUGCUGCUCCUGCUCCUGUUGACCUUCUUUCUGCCACAAAGGACAAGGGCCGGGGAGAUCAUCGGGGGACAUGAAGCAAAACCCCACUCCCGACCCUACAUGGCCUACCUUGAGAUCAUGGAAAAUAAUUCUGUAAUGAAUUGUGGUGGCUUCCUGAUUCAUAAGAAGUUUGUGCUGACAGCUGCUCACUGUGCACAGAGACCACAACAUCAAGAAAUAACUGUCUUACUGGGGGCCCACAACAUCAGGAAACAGGAGAAGACUUGGCAGGUCGUACGUGUGAAAAGAGCCAUCCCACACCCCGCCUUCAAUCUUAAAAAUAUCACCAACGAUAUCAUGCUGCUGCAGCUGGAGAAAAAGGCCAACCUGACUAAAGCAGUGCAGCUUCUCAGGCUGCCCAAGGGCAAGACCCAGGUGAAGCCAGGUGCCCUGUGCCAGGUGGCUGGAUGGGGACAGUUGGCCCCAAACGGGGGCUUUCCAAACACACUACAAGAGGUGGAGAUGAUCGUGCAGAGGGAUGAGGAGUGUAAGGUCAACUUUCGAAACAUUUAUGACAGUGCUACUGAGAUGUGUGUGGGGGACCCAGAGGUUAAAAAAGCUUCCUUUAAGGGCGACUCCGGAGGCCCCCUCGUGUGUAAUAAUGUAGCCCAGGGCAUUGUCUCCUAUGGGCCACAGGAUGGGACAACUCCACGUAUCUUCACCAAAGUUUCACAUUUUCUAGACUGGAUAAAGAAAACCAUGAAACAUGACAAACUGCAGGGAGCAAACUAAGCCCCCUCUCUGAGCAACCAUCUUUCCUGGAGCUGAGUCCAGAACUGCACUAGAGCAGAUGCCAGCAACUAAAUAAAUGUCUCAUCUCAGAAAAAAA